UCUCGCUGCCAUGAAAUACUUAAACACAAUUGACCCAUCUAAACCAGAAGAACUGAAUGGAUUUGUGCAGUAUUUAAAGGAGGUUCGUGAAGUAUUGAUAGUGGAGACAGUGUUUGGGAGUUUGAUAAUCACAGUGGAAUGCAUCUCCUUGGAAAUACUUGACGGACUGUGGAACGACUAUCGCACUGGUUAUCUGAACGAAAUGGCUCAAAAGUACCUUGUUACAAAGGAACUUUUAAUUGAACUUGGUCUUCGGGAUGUAAAGCUCACGGUAACUAUUCUGGAAAAUGAGUACAAAAAAUGUCAAGAGUAUUUCCUUCAGCAUUCAGACAACAAAAACACGCGUCCUCAUGAAAAGGUCCAAGAAAUCACUGAUGAAAGCACACGUGUAUCUGAAAAGGAUCGUCACCAGAGGGAUCCAAUGAGAUGGAGAGCUGAAACAGAAAGCUGGUAUCAACUGCCACCUCAAGGCCGGCAUUCCAGACCUCGAAAGGGUGUUGGUAAGAACAGCCCCUGUUAA